CAGCUUUUCUCUAGUCCACUGUCACUCAGUCACACCGCUGUAUCGUGUUGUAAGGGUUUCGAGGUCGAAGUGCAAGGUUAAAAAAAACUACUGCAUUUAUAAAAUAAAGCUCCAGUCACUUUGUUUCCGAGCGCGUGGAUAACUGCUGGAGUCGUCGUUUCCAUUGGUGUCGACUUUUCCAUUCAGGAGUCAGAUAUAUUUAUUUUUUAGCUCGCGCUCUCCACACUGAAAAGCCGAGCUGUUUAACAGCGCGCAGUUCCCAGGAACACGCGUAAGCUAAAGUGUCGCCGAAAGCAGUUUAUUUGUAGAAAACAGGGUUAUUUCGGAGGACUCAGAGAAACGAGAAGCUUGGACAGAAGGAGAGGAAGGACAGACGGACUUGUGCUGAGAAAUGGAGAGCCGAACUUGGGAGAAACUUGACACAUGGCUGUCCGUUCUGACGCUGCUGUGUCUUUACCCAGGUCUUCUGGCCCAGCUUCAGAUGCCCCAGACGAAUGUGGUGGUGAUUCAGGGGCAGACGGUAGUACUUCAGGCCUCAUACUCUGGAGGUGACCUCAGUUCAGCCACCAUCAGCUGGAACUACCUGUCUGAUCCCACAGUGAUCAUUUCCUAUCUAAGAAACCCUGUCGUCAGCGAGCAGUAUACAAACAGAGUGGGCUUUGUUUAUCCAAUGCCCAAUAACAAUCUGUCAAUCUACAUCAAUAACACGGUUGAGUCGGAUUCCGGAAAAUAUAUGUGCCAGAUUAUACCUGUCGGGACUUCUGGAAGUUUACAGGAGCUGACGCUUAAUGUGAUGGUUCCUCCUGCCACGCCCAUUUGUAAGCUGGAGGGAAAGCCAGAAGUCAAAGCUAAUGUCACACUCACCUGCUUGUCCAGCUCUGGCAAACCUGUACCCAUAUACAAGUGGUCUAAAACCAGCCCAAACUCUGAGUUCUUCUUCUCCCCCAUGCUCAAUCAGGUUAAUGGCACACUGAAGCUGAAUAACCUGAGUAGCAACAUGUCAGGGAAGUACGAGUGCACAGCCUCCAACUCCGCAGGAGAGGCCAAGUGUUACACCAACUUGGAGGUCAUCACCUCAGCUAAUGCUGGGGUGAUAGCUGGUGCCACGGUGGGUGCUUUAGUGGGCCUCAUCCUCAUCAUCCUUGUUAUCGUUUUCAUGUGUACACGGAGAAAGAAGGACACUGAGGAAGAUCUGGCCAAUGAUAUUAAGGAGGAUGCUCAGGCCCCUAAACGUGUCUCAUGGGCGAAGAGCGGCACAGGUUCAGACAUCAUCUCCAAAAACGGCACACUGUCAUCCGUCCGCUCCAGCCCUCUACCUCAAGACACACACGACCACCACCACCACCACCACCAUUACCCUAUCACACAACCCACUUCUGACACAGCCUGCAUCAUCACAGGCAGCACAAGCUACCGGCCCCAACCUGCAGGCAUCUCCAGCACCCCGGAACACACUUUUCCCGGCUACAACACCAAUGCCACUGUGCCACGCAAUCCCCCAGCACCCUCCAGUUCCAACGGAGGCUCCCUACCUAGGAUUGAAGCUCUUCAGCCACCGACCUCACGUUAUGUUCCUGCCCCGAGCGGAGUGAACGCCUCCAACCUGUCCCGUAUGGGAGGCGUUCCCAUUAUGGUUCCUGCACAGAAUCAAGCUGGUUCUCUCGUCUAGGGCUGAAGUGGUUUAGCUGUUUGGAGCACCCUCACACUGGAACUCACACUGGAAUCGACUGAAUGUGGAGGUGGUUUUAUAAAAGGGAAGAGCUAUUAGAGUCUUUUCACUGACUGUCCUGAAAAUGUGCAGUGUAAUGUAAUCUUAUUUACAGAAUUGACUUUUUUAUGUUUUAUAUAUAGACAUAAAACCAUUGUUUUAAUUACAUCAGUUCAAUUAUGUAAUAUAUUCACUAUCGUUUUUACACUGUAUUUCAAGAAAGUUACAGAAAGUCUGCUCUUGCUUUUAAGUGAAUGACACAUACAUUACUCCUGACUGUUAGCUAGAAUUACUUUUUUUUCAUUUAUGUCUUAAAUAUGUUAGCACAUCUUGAUAGGAUUUUAGGCCUAGUACACAUUAUUUACAUUUUUUUUAUGUAAAAUCUUUUUAUAUUAACCCUAUUCCUUACUUGUACAUAACCAUCAGCAAAAGCAGAGGAAAAUAUAUGCACUGAACUGGCUGUUUUUGGAUUAAGUGCAGAGAAAUGUGUCUCUAAGUGUUUUGAGGCUACUUGACACUAUGACAGCUACAUUUCUAAAAACAAACUUGGGAUGUUCUUAUUCAUAUAUAUAUAUAUAUAUACA